AAAAGUAUAAAAGUCAGUAAUGUUUCCUUGGGAGCAACUGAGAGAGACAUUAUGGAGUUCUUUUCUUUUUCGGGUGAUAUUGAAUAUGUUGAACUGCAGAGUCAUGAUGAACGGUCUCAAAUUGCCUAUGUUACCUUCAAGGAUUCACAAGGAGCUGAGACUGCAGUACUACUAUCGGGGGCAACAAUAGUUGAUUUGUCAGUUAAUAUAACUCCGGAUCCAGAUUACCGUAUUCCAGCUACUGCCUUGGCGUCAUCUACAACAGUGGGUAAAACUCCUGGUGGUGCUGAAUCUGCUUUAUGGAAGGCAAAGGAUGUGGUCACCAACAUGCUGGCCAAGGGCUUUAUCUUAGGUAAAGAUGCUGUAAACAAAGCAAAGACUUUUGAUGAGAAGCUCCAAAUAACUUCAACAGCCUCAGCAAAACUUACAUCUUUUGACCAAAAACUUGGACUUAGUGAGAAAAUAAGUGCUGGUGCUUCGGUUGUGAGUGAUAGAGUUAGAGAAGUGGAUCAAAAGUUUCAGGUUUCAGAGAAAACCAAAUCAGCAUUUGCAGUUGCAGAACAGAAAGUCAGUACCGCUGGGUCUGCUAUAAUGAAGAAUCGCUAUGUGCUCACUGGGACUUCUUGGGUAACAGGUGCUUUUAAUAGGGUUGCUAAGGCAGCCGGGGAUGUGGGACAGAAGACAAAAGAGAAAGUGGAAAACGCAGAAGAGGAACAUAAGCGAAAAGUAGAAGACCAGUUUGCACAGGUCCUUUCUGAGUCCCCAAAAGCCGCAAUCAAAAGUAUAAAAGUCAGUAAUGUUUCCGUGGGAGCAUCUGAGAGAGACAUUAUGGAGUUCUUUUCCUUUUCGGGUGAUAUUGAAUAUGUUGAACUGCAGAGUCAUGAUGAACAGUCUCAAAUUGCCUAUGUUACCUUCAAGGAUUCACAAGGAGCUGAGACUGCAGUACUACUAUCGGGAGCAACAAUAGUUGAUUUGUCAGUUAAUAUAACUCUGGAUCCAGAUUACCGGAUUCCAGCUACUGCCUUGGCAUCAUCUACAACAGUGGGUAAAACUCCUGGUGGUGCUGAAUCUGCUUUACGGAAGGCAAAGGAUGUGGUCACCAGCAUGCUGGCCAAGGGCUUUAUCUUGGUUAAAGAUGCUGUAAACAAAGCAAAGACUUUUGAUGAGAAGCUCCAAAUAACUUCAACAGCCUCAGCAAAACUUACAUCUUUUGACCAAAAACUUGGACUUAGUGAGAAAAUAAGUGCUGGUGCUUCGGUUGUGAGUGAUAGAGUUAGAGAAGUGGAUCAAAAGUUUCAGGUUUCAGAGAAAACCAAAUCAGCAUUUGCAGUUGCAGAACAGAAAGUCAGUACCGCUGGGUCUGCUAUAAUGAAGAAUCGCUAUGUGCUCACUGGGACUUCUUGGGUAACAGGUGCUUUUAAUAGGGUUGCUAAGGCAGCCGGGGAUGUGGGACAGAAGACAAAAGAGAGAGUGGAAAACACAGAAGAGGAACAGAAGCGAAAAGUAGAAGACCACCAGUAUGCGCAGGUCCUUUCUAAGUCCCCAAAAGCCGCAGUGGUGGAAUCUCCAAAUUAUAACUCCAAUAGCAGAAAUGCUAAAGCUUUUUCUCCCAUCAAGAAAUUUCUGAUGCAGUCUUAUUAUGACAGACAUACGAACUUACAUGAUUCAGAUUUUGAAAAUUUCAUGUCUCAAGAAGUCCCUUUUGGUUUGUGUGAUGCGCUUCCAAAUAACCAUAAUUUCUUGUUGAGACCGUCAGUUCUAAAGCGCAAUCUUAUUGGUGAAGGUUCUCAUCGAUCUGUGUCGACAUUAAUCAAAUUUCAAACCCAACAGUCGAAGUCUUUGUCUGAACUUUUAAGCUACUCAUGCGAAUUCAUAAUUAUAGAAAGACUGUCUUCUGGUGUUUUUGCUGAUCCAUUUGAAUUACAACGUCUUGUUCAGCGUGGUGUGUUCAAUGAUAUAGCUGUUUUUGGUGAUACAAAUCUGGAGCUGCCUUCAUUCUUGUCCAAUCGUUCUGCUGUUGAAAUCCACUUAGAUGUUGACCCAAAUAUAUUGCUAGAGCCAAGUGAUAUCAAAAUAGAGCUUCCAUUGCAUGCCAGAUAUCAACCUCUGAAUGAAAGCGGCUACUCCACAGUUGAAUUUGGUGCACCGGAUAUGUUAGUGCGCUGCAGCACAAAGGAAAACGUGGAAAAUCGCAAUUGCUUCUUCAAAUUGAAAAUUGAUGAUGCUAAUCUAUACGAUGCUGGUAUUGUUUGGAGUAUACCUUCUGGAAGAAAGGUACAUGCUGAAAUUGUUUCCGGAGUUACAUUUAUUGCAGCCUUAUUAUCAACUCUUGUAAUUGUUGUCACGUGUUAUAUUAUUCUAACAGCAGAUUGAGCAAAGAUUUAAAACAAUCUUAAAUGUGUUUUCAUAUGUUUUUUUUUUUUUUUAAUUCA